CUUGCCCAUUCCCCGAUCAAUCCACGCAUUCCAUUCCUUUCCCAUUCCCAAACUCUUCCUUCCUCCUUUCGUUGCUGUCGUGUGAUUCUCAUCUCAUUCUCUCUUAGGGCGGAAGGAAAAAUGUUCAACAGCCGCGUAACCUCAGCCGCUUGCAACGCGGGACGAUCCGUGCUCAACGCACACAAUGUUUCUUCGACAACUCGAAAUCUUGCAACAGUAUCACCGGUCCAUCCAGCCACACGAAGUCACAAGGUGGUGGUGAUUGGCGGUGGGAGCGCCGGUUUGGCCAUCAGUCAUCAGCUGUUGCGUUCUGGCAAGUUUGCUCCUCGAGACAUUGCUGUGGUCGAUCCGGCAACCUCGCAUGACUACCAGCCCGGAUGGACUUUGGUCGGUGGCGGUCUCAAGACCAAGGAGGAGCUGCGGCAACCGAUGAAGGACUUGAUCGAUCCCAAGCUCCAAUUCUACAACGAAAGCGUGAACGCCUUCUCGCCCAAAGACAACUUCAUCACGCUCGGCAACGGCGACAAGGUCAGCUACGAGCAGCUUGUGGUAACACCCGGUAUCAAGAUCGACUACAACAGCAUCAAGGGCCUACCGGAGGCUCUUGCUGAUCAGAAUUCACUGGUAUCGUCAAUCUAUGGCUAUGACACUUGCAACAAAGUCUUCGGCACCAUCGACAAGCUCCGGAAAGGUGCUGCCUUGUUCACUCAGCCUGCAGGCGUCAUCAAAUGUGCUGGGGCUCCGCAGAAGAUCAUGUGGCUCGCGGUGGAUCUCUGGAAACGGGCAGGUCUGUUCGAUCCCAGCAAUCCUUCGGGCUCGGCCAUUCAGGUCAGUUUCGCCACUGGCCUUCCGGUGAUGUUUGGUGUGGCCAAGUACAGCGAGAAGCUCAACGAGAUGCGGGAGGAAAGGGCAGUCGAAGGGCUGUUCCAGCACGACCUUGUUGCAAUCGACGGCGAUACCGCCACUUUCAACCGCGUCGACACGAAGGAACAAGUCACGAAAAAGUUUGAUCUCUUGCAUGCCGUGCCGAAAAUGGGACCUCACGCGUUUGUGAAGAAGAGCGGUCUGACGAACGAGGCUGGCUAUGUCGAUGUGGACGAGAACACUCUCCAACAGAAGAAGUAUCCGAACGUAUGGUCCGCUGGCGAUGCUUCUAGUCUACCCACAUCCAAGACCGUGGCGGCCAUCACUUCUCAAGCGCCAGUUCUGGUGCAGAACUUGGUGGCCUCUAUGGAGGGCAAGGAGCCUGAAGCGAAGUACGACGGGUACACGUCGUGUCCACUUUUGACGGAAUACGGAAAAGUCAUGCUUGCAGAGUUCAAGUAUGGAGGAGUGCCCAAGGAGACCUUUGGCAAUAUGCUAGGCAUCGACCAGGCAACCCCUCGACGAGCAUUUUACCAUUUGAAAAAGGACUUCUUCCCCUGGAUUUACCAAAAGUCGCAUGUCAAAGGUACUUGGCAUGGGCCGAAAGGCUGGAAGCCAUAGACAAGCACUGUAUUAUAGACUUCUCGUUGCAUUGUUGGGACAAAAGCUAUCAUGGAAGCGAACCUCGAAAUUGCAUUACAUAUUCAGAUGUUAAGUAUUCUCAUCCUAUUGACCUUGCU